GAUUUCCUUGUGGCGGAGAAAUCUGAUGUGUAGGCUACAUAAAUCGGGCGAUCGCGGGGCGCAGAUUAACUCUAGCACGUUAACUGAUUUAUUUUGUACUGGAUCUCUUCGGCGGCAGACGAAUGCAAGUUAAGUUCUUUUUUCCAGGAAGAAGUGAUUUGGAUCGGACUUGCCAAAAUCGCUACUUUGUUUCUCUCAUGGACGGUGCGCGUUACCUUAAAGUAGCCGCGUCUUAACAGAGUUACGCAUCCCUCCGGUACGCGAAGUUGCGAGAAGCGAGGCCCGAUCUGUUGACCCGUGGAGUACUCUUGAGUCUCUCUGAAUGGAUGGAUGGGUAUGGGGAGAGCAGGAUCUUACUACCCCGGGGCUGAGCGCCUCAUCUCUCCGGUACUACAUCUACUAGUGCUGUGCACCCUCUCCUCCCUCACUCCCAUAGGUGAGAGUCAGGUUCAGACUCCUCAGUGCCGCAUCCAGAAGUGCACUACCGACUUCGUUUCUCUGACGUCCCAUCUGAACCCAUCACUGGAUGGCUUUGAUACGGAGUUCUGCAAGGCGCUGCGAGCCUAUUCGGCCUGUACGCAGCGUACUGCCAAGAGCUGCAGGGGGAACCUGGUCUUCCACUCCGCCAUGCUGGGCAUCACUGACCUUAUGAGCCAGAGGAACUGCUCCAAAGACGGGCCCACGUCCUCCACCCAUCCCGUCAUCCCUAUCGAGCCUUGCAACUAUCACAGCCGGCAUCACCACCACGUGUCGCGGUUCGGGACGGGGGUGCCCGAACACCCUCGUCUGAUGUACCUGUUCUGUGGCCUGUUCGGGGACCCUCAUCUUAGGACUUUUAAAGACCAGUUUCAAACGUGUAAAGUUGAAGGGGCUUGGCCUCUCAUUGAUAACAACUACCUGUCAGUGCAGGUCACUAAUGUUCCAGUGGUUUAUGGAUCCAGUGCCACAGCUACCAAUAAGAUCACAAUAAUCUUCAAACCAUACCAAGAAUGCACAGACCAGAAGGUCUACCAGGCCGUGACAGACGACCUUCCAGCCGCCUUCGUAGACGGCACCAUCAGCGGAGGUGACAGUGAGACCCGCAGCAUCUGGAUCCUGGAGAAAUCUCCCGGUCGGCAUGUAGAAAUCCACGCUGCGUACAUCGGGGUCACCAUCAUCAUACGCCAGCAGGGCCGUUACCUGACACUAGCUGUGCGAAUGCCUGAGGAACUGGCCAUGGCCUUUGAUGAAACGCAGGACCUGCAGCUGUGCAUGAACGGCUGCCCCACAUCAGAGCGCAUUGACCAGGAGGGACACCUCCAGCUGCCCGUGCUUGGCCUCCAGCAGGCUGGCUUUCAGCAGCAGCAGCAGCCCAGGGUGGAAGCCCAGAGAGGCGUCUUCACUCUUGAAAGUGCCUCCAGGAGGUGCAGGGACCAACUGGAGGUGAAGGACAUCUAUUUCCACUCCUGUGUGUUUGACCUGCUCACUACAGGAGAUGCCAACUUCACCACUGCCGCCUACAAUGCCCUGAAAGACAUGGAGACACUGCAUCCCAAAAAGGAGCGCUGGCAGAUUUUCCCCAACUCGGCUUCCAGGCUGAGUCCUUUUUCAUUGCUUCUCACUGCACUGCUGAGCAGCUUCCUUAUCGCUGUGCUUUUAUAAUGCGUAUCGUGUUUUGAUAACUGUUUCGAAGAAGAAAAAAAUGGCAGACAGUGUAAAUAGUCAGUACUCUGGAUAAAGAGUACUUUGUAUAUACUGUGUGUGUGUGUGGAGAAUGAAUGUUAGCAAGCAAACCUUCGUUAGACUGUACAUUUUGUGUAAAUCAAUUUUUCAAGAUUGUAGAUUUUUGUGAGGUGAAUUUUUUGUCAUGUGUUUGUCCUCAGGUGAGGAGAUCUUAUUGGAAGCACUUUAUUUUUAUUUUGUUUUCUUUUUUUGUUUGCAACUAGGAAACAGUGUUCAAUGGAACCAGUGCUCAUGUUUUGUGCUACAAUCUGAGCUUUUUCUUUCAUACAUUUCUAUGAGUCUCUACAGAAAAAAGGUACAUACCUAACCAUUUUGCUCUGUAGAACCGUGAUAAAUAUUUUUAAUAAUGUGGCUGGCGUAGUGAUUGUGUGAUAGAGGUUUACAGAAGGAUUACGUUGACUAGACUUUCACUUAGUCUGUAUUUCUUUUUAAUCUACUACUCUGUACUGUUGAGUAGUGUUGAUCAGCAAUUUGAAGAAUUCAAGCAAACGCAGAGGAAGGUUGAAGUGCACUUAAUUCAGAAAUCAUCAACCAUUUGAAUUCUGUAUUGGCAGUUAGGUUGUUUUAUUAAAAAAGUGACAAUCAAAAUUAUUUUUGCUUGGUAAAAACUACCUAUUUUAUGUAAAAACUAACAAAAAAAAAUCACCAGUCCUAAAGAAUUUUUAAUGCCAGGUUCAGAUUACAUGAUUUCUCCCUGAUAAAAUUGACAAAGAGAGUGAUGUAUGGAGUAGGCACCACUCCUCAUCCACCAUCCACUCAUCCAACCUAUUCCUUCUAGUAACAACUGUGAUUCGCAAACAACUUUCAGCUAUUAUGUUUAGUGUUCCUUAGACAUUCUAAAGAGUGAAGCCAAAAUAUUUUCAGUGCCCUAUGGUGGUUGGCUAUAGGCAUGGGGUAGACAUUUUUUCUCCACAAUGUCUGACUUUGAACCAGAGGAGCAAUGAAGGAAAGGUUUGAGUUCAGAUGCCUUUGUUUGUUAACAUUUACAUUAGUCAGUAACAAGUUCUGCCUUCGCUGUGACAUCAUACAUGCCUUUUAAAUAGUCAAAAUCACAACUAAAAUGAACCAACACAACAGACAAAAACAUUGUUUAGUCUGAACCUGGCAUUAAAAAAACACCACAAUAUUAUGCUAAAAGCUUUAUCCGCUUUCAAACUAAUUUCAUAGUGAGCGUCUCUCAUUGAGUGGACUAGAAAAUGGACAUUGCGUAAGUGGGCCACGUUUCAUAUAGUGACACGCAAGAAGAUGCGGCAAGAUAACAUUUAUUCCCUUUGUCAAACAUUGACUAUCUGCUCAAAAGUCUUAAGUUUCUCUCAUUCUAGUUUUAUCCUUAACCAAAGAUAUGAUGCAGAAAACACACACAUAUCAAAACUUUUGCCAGAUGAACUGUGAGCUUCCCUAUAGAUUUGGUUUUGCCAAAGUCAUGUUUAGCAAAGCCAGUGCCAUAAAACAACUCAAUUCAUGAAUUAAAGUCUGAGAUAUGUUCAGUGGAACGUUUGUUUGCCCUGUAAGCGUUUUAGCGGUUAUUUCAUCUGCCAGAAGUGCAACUUGAGCCGCAGUUCUUUAGCUGAAUGCACAUCAGCAGUGAUUUCAUUCAGAGAGCUUCAAAGCAAAUGAAGGAUAUGCAGAAACACUUACGUUUGACUCUAUUUGCUUUUGAGUGUGUGGCAUUUGGCCUGAUGGAUGCUAAAUUCAUUCAAUGAAAUUGAAUUGUAUACCUUCUGGGCCUUACUGCUGAGGAAGCCAUGCCAACACUCCUGAUCCGAACGUUUUUAAAACCAAGACUUGCUACUGUAGAGAGGCCAUUGUUUAACUACUGCCAGUGCUGAAGAGCUGCUACAAUACUGUGACAAGAGUAAUCGAUUGUAUCUGGAACACUGGGACUUUCGUAGGCAGUGAUCGGCCGCGUCCGAAACGGAUCAUUUUACUAAAUCAGUGUACAGUUGGAUUUUUGUUUGUUUGUUUGAUCCUCUUAAAAAAACAGAACAAGGCAUCAGAGUGCAAUUGAGUAACUGCAAAGGAAAGCCUUCAUCCUGUGUUUUUGCAUUUCGCAUUUGAUCUUGUGAACUGUCUUACUUUUGUGAACUUUUUUUGUGAAGAGUGACUGCUCAGUGUUUAUACCUAAAUUAUUUAUGAAAUAUAGUGUCUUGUUAGAGAAGUUAAGCUCCAUACUCUUGCUGUUGAAAAACGUUUAAGAUGUGAUUGUACUGCCAUCUAGAGGGUCACCAUUGUUACAUCAGUGUUUUAGUAUUGUACGGAUGCUGUUUAAAAAAAAAAACAAGAAAAAAUGAAAAAACGUGUUAUUUAAAACAAUAAAUGAAAAAUACAUCAAAAA